AUGACACUAUGCUACCUGCUACCUAUGUAUGGAAGGGAAGAGGUGCGCAACCACGCCGUGCGGUGGAACGCGCAGUUCUCGUUCGUGUGCAAGAUGUGCGCGAACGCGAACACCGGCGUCCUGGAGCCGGCGCUGCUGCGUGUCUCCGUGCGCAAGGAGUGCAAGGGUGGCCGCUCGUACCAGAAGCUGGGCUUCUGCGACGUGAACCUGGCGGAGUUGGCGGGAGCGGGCGAGGCGACGCGGCACUGCCUCCUCGAAGGAUACGAUCUGCGCCACCGUCAAGAUAACUCCGUGCUCCGGCUACGCAUCAAGAUGAACAUGAUCUCUGGGGACCCGCUCUUUAAAGUGCCGGAGCGCAAGCAAGAGGUAAAGGAAGGCGGUGCGGACAGCGGCGCGGAGAGUGCGGCUCCGCCCGACGACGACUGCGCCUCCUCCACCGCUAGCUCGGGCUUCGGUUCGCUCACCAACAACAAGGCGCACGUUUCAGAAGGUGUGCCUCCACCAACGAUUACUUCGAUAGCGCCCUGCGAGCCGCCGUCGCCGGAUCACGACGAGCCUCCUGCUCCUGAUAACACAGUGAUUGCGGCGGGCGUGACGUCAUGCGCGUCGUGUCAACAGCACACGCACUCGCGCAACUCUUCAAACACAUCGGGCGAUAUGAGUAGCAAGGCGUCAGGGUACGGCAGCUCGGUUUCGGCCGCGUCGGCGCACUCGCGGCAGAGCUCCGAGGGCGAGUUCGCCGCGGACGCGCGCCCCCACCACAACAGCGUGCGCUGCGAGCGUACAACCACCAGUACCACUACCGCCACCACAUUGUACGUCCCCACCCAAAGCUGUAAGCACACGGGCCGAGCGCUCAGCAAGUUGCUGCUGGAGAAGACGGUGGUGAGCGAGACUUCGGAUGUAUUCCUCACUCCUAACACCACCCUCACGGGCCCCCCUGACGUCAUCCCGCGCAACGAGAUCCAGUCCCCGGCAAGCGAAGAGUACCGCACUCCGGAGACGACAAUCCUCGAAAACACAUUCACCAUGCCGACCUACUUCGACCAGAAGAAGCGAGCCGCUGCCAUCGUUAGUCCAGCAGUCCAACCUCUCACGAAUUUCCAAGUCUUAAAGCAAAAAUCUCUGAACACAAUCCCCGCGUUGCUCGAGAAGAACAAGAAAAACGAGGAGCUGUUUACCAACUUCCCAUUUUUGACGCCCCUCGCACAUAGAAAGAAUUCGCUGAUUUCCAACGCGAAUAGACUGUCAGGGUGUAUAGAAGACGAGUUCUACUGCAUUCCGUCGGACCCAGAAGUGGAUACGGAAGUAGUCGAGAGGAUAGACGUACGCCAUCGGUUCCGCAGCAUCUCCAAUCAGGCGCUGACCGACGAAGUGCACACUUCCACGCCAAAGAACGAGAGUAACACAGAAUGUAUGCAAAGGGGUAACUUCAAGUGUGAGCGGGGCCGUAAGGUGGAGCUGUUGCGGCACAGCUACACGGACUAUACGAGGAACCCGUCGUCUGGAUCGCUGACAGCAUCCGCGUCGGAAAGCGGCUCGCUGGAGCGCGGGCGCGCCGCUCUUUCGCGCAAGCGGGCGCCCGCACAGCCCGCAGCGCAGCAUCCGCAGCACGCGCAGCAGCCGCCCGAUGACGCGCAGCACGUGGUGUCGUGUCGCGUGGAAAAUACGCGUGUAAACCCUGACUCACUGAUCGACGAACUGCUCGCCGCCACUGACCUGAAGCAAGCCGUCGAUGAUGCCGCAGAGACGUCGGGGCUGCAGCUGUUCAUCACGCGCGACGGCACGGCGGAGCUGGGCUCGCGCCAGCGCCAGCGCCGCGACUACCAGCGCGUCGUGCUGCACCCGCACGACAACAGGCACCCAACGGCAUGA